AUGCGGAAUCUACCUGGGGUGAUUUCUGUGUUUAGACACAAGGUCCUCGGUAUCACCCCAGGCCUGGAACACCUGGGCAGCAUCAAGUGGGAGCUGCUACUGUGUCUCUUGGCCUCAUGGGUUCUCAUUUUUGGAUGCGUUUUUAAAGGUGUCAGGACUGUCGGAAAGGUUGUAUACGUGACAGCAACACUGCCGUAUAUUUUCCUUUUCAUCCUGCUUAUCCGUGGCUUGACGUUACCAGGGGGACCCAGCGGUGCUCUCUUCUACCUAACCCCCGACUUCAGCAAAUUACAGGACAUACAGGUACAUUAUGAUAAGUUCUUGAUGCUGUUUUGA